AUGUCUCCCCGAGACGGGGACACGUUAGUUGCUGGAGCAAGAAUGGAUUCGGCUCUUGCCCACGACAAUGUCGAAUGCGCAUGGUCUCAUGCUACCGUAACGAUGCAUUCGCGCUCGCCCUACAGACGGACACGCGUACGAAAGUCCCGCGGCCGCGGCCUGCGGACAACGAAUGGAUGCAUAACAUGUCGGAAACGACACUUGAAGUGUGAUGAGGUCAAGCCAAUAUGCGGCGCUUGUGCCAAAAAGGACAAGCUCUGCGAAUACAGCUCGGCACGUCGCAGUGUCAACAUUCCGACCUCGGACAGGGCCAUUAAUGAGGUUCUUCCCGUGCCAACCACGCAGCAAACCACGUCUCCUGUGGGUAAUAAUGAUCACGCAUCAAGUAAUGCUAAUCCAAACCCCCCGGCCUACGAGCCGCAUGAAGUCACUGACUUAGCCUGGACUACUUCCGAGGCGGACGCUAACCCCACUCCGCCUGCCCUACUUGACCACCUACAGGAGAGUCAGCUGGCUUCGAGCCAGAGUCCGGUGGCGUUGCAGCAUAGCUAUCAAUCACCCUCUAAUGCAUCCUUUGCGGCGGUGCGAUGGUUUGGGCUCCUAGCGAGUGAUGCUGCUCGGGACAGCCCCAAACUGUCCACCAUCCCUACUUCCUGGGCGAACCAAAGUCUCUCGCUUGACCACUCUGGUGCUGAUGGUCUGAUCCAACCCAGCCCGCUGCAAUGCGCGACCCAGGUCUUGGAUAGCCCUCCUGCCGGUGAUGUAAGUCAUGACCGGACACAUGACGGUCUUUCGGAGGGCAGUACUCCAGGAGAGGAGCUGAUUUGGCACUCACGGGAGCCAAUAGAGCUUCUGCCGGCUGAGCAGACAUUAUUUGAACAUUUCGUAUAUCAAGUGAGCCCUUGGAUCGAUCUUUUCGAUCCCACAAGCCAAUUCUCUUCGUUCGUUGCACACUUGGCCAUACACAAUGCUGGGCUUAUGAAUGCUAUACUGGCUCUUGCAUUUCGACAUCUGGCCUUGAAUCCCCGUCUGGAUAAUGGGAAUAUGCUCCAUAAGGAGGAAGCGGCGCUCCAAUAUUACUACCAAACUCUCCACUACGUGCAAAGAGCCAUGCAAUACUCUGGUUACAAGACAAGCCUGGAGCUUCUUGCAACCACACUGAUAAUUUCAGCCUAUGAAAUGCUCGACAACUCUACUAAUGACUGGGAACGGCACCUUGAAGGAGUCUUCUUGAUCCAGAGGUCUCAGACUAUCCAUGGGGAGUCUGGUGGACUGCAUUCAGCCGUGUGGUGGGCUUGGCUUUGCCAGGAUAUCUGGGCGGCUUUUCGAGAGAAACGCAAGACUCUGACUUUCUGGGUUCCACAGAAACCCCUUUCUGCAUUAUUACCGCAUGAACUCGCGACGCGCUCAAUCUACAUUACUGCUAAAGUGAUCAGCUACUGCGCUGAUGUCACGACGAAAGAAACCAUCCAGCAUCGAAUUGAUGAGGCAGUUUGCCUCCGCAAAAUGCUGGACGACUGGCAACGACAUCUGACCAUUGAGUUCUCUCCUUUGCCGCUCGGCUUAAGCAAACAUUCAACAUGUUUUCGACCGAUCUGGAUCCGCCAACCUGCAUUAGGUAUGGAUGAGACACAGGCUCCACACUAUGGUCCUUGGAAGAUAAACUAA